UUAACAGGAAGGGAGAUUUUAAGACUUUACGCCAGAAUGAGGGGGAUUAACGAGAAGGAGAUCAGUCGCGUCAUUAAUGACCUAUUGGACGCAGUGACGCUCACAAAAUAUGCAGACAAACUGUGUGGGACAUACAGUGGUGGAAACAAAAGGAAAUUGAGUACUGCCAUUGCAUUGAUUGGAGAUCCUCCAAUCCUGAUGCUGGAUGAACCGACGACGGGCGUGGAUCCAGCCGCGCGAAGGCAAAUGUGGAAUGUACUUUCUAAGGUCCGAGCCAGUGGAAGAACGCUUGUUUUAACGUCUCACAGCAUGGAGGAGUGUGAUGCCCUUUGUACCAAAAUAGUCAUUAUGGUUAACGGAAGAUUCGUGUGUUUUGGUAGUCCCCAACACCUAAAGAACAAAUUUGCACAAGGUUACACCUUGACGGUGAGACUAGAACGUGACAAUAACGGAAACGCAGUGGAUUCUGGUCCGCUAUGUAAUCAUAUAAGUAGAGAGUUUCCAGGAACCGAAGUUUUCGAUGAUCAACAAGGCUAUCUCGAUAUUCACAUUCCACAUCAAAAAUUAUCAUUAGCAAAACUUUUCAAAGAAAUGGAGAAAACAAAAUCUGAAUAUAAUGUAGAAGAUUAUUCAGUACAUCAGACGUCCCUGGAGCAGGUGUUUCUUGGGUUCACGAGGAUGCAGGUGCCCCCAGUGGACAGAAAGAGGGCGUGCCCUUGUUGUUUCUGUUGUAGGUCGAAACCAGCUUCAUAAAGCGAAGGCGUAGGCCUCCCGGGUGACAGAACUUUGAUAUCCAUCUUCUGAUUUAUAUGCAUUUAAGUAUCUAUACUCAAAAAGUGAAAAGAUCUAGAUCUUCAUAUUUUUUUCUUUUUUGGAAAUAUAUAUGAGCUCAUUGUAGAUAGUUGGGAGACAACUCAUGUUUAC